CAUUUGAACACCGAUUCCGUCGCGUCGACGAAUGAGCGAGGCCUUUCCGUCCCCUCCCGCCGCCGAAUCGAGGCUUCCCGGAGCGCCGAGGCCCCGCCCCCCCUGCCGCACUGCCGCUGGUUCCCCGUCGGCUGCCGGUCGCUCUCGCCCAGUCCUCCGUUAGCGCCGCCGGCUCGGCUGUCUCUUCGACGCGCGAGUACGUCAGCACGAGCACCCGAUCGUCGGCCAAACUCUCCGCUCGACAGGCAACAUGGGAAACGAGGCAAGUUACGCUCUGGACAUGUGCUCCCACUUCGACGCCGACGAGAUAAAGCGUCUGGGCAAGCGCUUCAAGAAACUGGACCUGGACAACUCGGGCUCUCUGAGCGUGGAGGAGUUCAUGUCGCUGCCCGAGUUGCAGCAGAACCCUCUGGUGCAGCGCGUCAUCGACAUCUUUGACACCGACGGCAACGGGGAGGUGGACUUCAAAGAAUUCAUCGAGGGCGUCUCUCAGUUCAGCGUCAAAGGAGACAAGGAGCAAAAGCUACGAUUCGCCUUCCGCAUCUACGACAUGGACAAGGACGGCUACAUCUCCAACGGCGAGCUGUUCCAGGUCCUGAAGAUGAUGGUGGGCAACAACCUGAAGGACACGCAGCUGCAACAGAUCGUCGACAAGACCAUCAUCAACGCCGACAAAGACGGCGACGGGAGGAUAUCCUUCGAGGAGUUCUGCGCGGUGGUGGGCGGCCUGGACAUUCACAAAAAGAUGGUGGUGGACGUGUGACGGGCUUGCCGCUCCUCGACGCCGUGCUGUCCGCAGCCCCCCCUCCCCCCCUCCCGAGGCGUUUUUGUUGUUGUUUUGUUUUUUGCCGAGCGACGGCAAUUUGCCGGCGCGUUUGUUGCGUGCGUGUUUGUAUUUAUUCUGCCGCGCAGCUCAACGGCGCCCCCCUCCCCCCCUGCUCGCAUGUCAAUCAACAGGACUCAACAGCCCCCCACCCCCACCCCAGCUGCUCGCAUGUCAAUCAACAAGUCUUGAUGCACUGGGGAAGGGGGGCCGGCCGGCCGCCCGCUUCGUGAACCUCGCCGCUUCUUCUUUUGGAGUUGGGGGGGGGGCGUUAUGGCUGGACACAAGACCCUUGCUGAUGAACACCCAAGCACACGAGAAGAGAAAAAUCAAGUGUCCGUUCCGACAAGUCUUAUUUGUGUGCCCUUUGGCGGUCACGUGACCUCUCGGCGCGCGUUUGCAUGCGUGACGUUUGCAUGCGUGUGUGUGUGUGUGUAUUUUGCACGCGUGUGCGGUUUAUGCAGCGCCCGGGCCCCGCUCGCCCCGAGCGAGAUCGGGUGACAUCGAGCCUCGCGGGCCGGCAGUCUCUGCGGCGAACGGAAACGGCGUUGUCAAAGUCGGAGGGGGGGACUCGGAGCCGUCGGCCCGCGGGCUCAUUUCAACGCCAGGGUGGCGCGACUGUGGUGUUUACAUGUGAAUCCUGACGUGAAUAUGAACAUUUCUAACGCACCGUGUUGCCAAUUAAAGGUUGAUGUCGAAAAGAACCCCC